AUGAAAGUAUUUGUAACUGGGGCUUCGGGAUUCAUUGGUACCGCUGUAGUAUCGGAACUGGCCAGUCUGGGUCAUGAGGUUGUUGGUCUAGCAAGAUCUGAAGAAUCUGCUGCAAAGAUUAAAUCAUUGAAUCCUGCCGUGAAGAUCCUCCACGGCGAACUCAAGGAUUUAGACACUUUGAAAAGGGGUGCUGCGGAGUCUGAAGGAGUAAUUCAUUUAGGUUUUGUUCAUGACUUCAAAAAAUUCGAUGAGUGCUGUGAAAUUGAUCGCCAGGCUACUGUGGCUAUGCUAGAGUCACUUAAAGGCACCAACAGACCAUUCAUAUAUACUAGUGGCACGUUCGGGCUACGCUCAGGUAAGGUAGCUCAUGAAGGAGAUGCUAGCGAUGAAAACUUCAAGAGCCCACGUGCACUUACCGAGGAAACUGCGUUGAGUUACAAAGAUAAAGGUGUUUCAGUGAGGUGUGUCAAGUUGGCGCCCUCGGUUCAUGGAAAGGGAGACAAAGCGUUCAUUCCAAUGUUGAUGAAUAUUGCAAAAACUGCUGGAGAGUCUGGCUACGUAGGACAGGGCCGAAAUGUCUGGCCCGCUGUUCAUCGCUUAGAUGCAGCCCAUUUGUUCAGACUCGUUUUGGAGAAGGGAAGAAGCGGUCGAGUUUACCACGGUGUUGCCGAACAAGGAAUACCACUCAAGGACAUUGCACAAGCAAUUGGAGAGGUUUUGGAUGUCCCUGCAGUUUCUAUUCCAGUGAACAACGCCGAAGAACAUUUUGGCAUUAUGGUUCUUUUUAUCGCAAGAGAUGGUCCGACUUCGAGCGAAACUACUCGGAAAGAGCUAGGAUGGGAGCCAAAACAACUUGGCCUUCUCCAAGAUAUUCGCACAAACUACCGAUCAGCCUGA